UUUUAUAAACGGAAAACCUCUCUAACUUUAACAAACAAAUUAAAUUCAUUUUUUAAAAUCUUUUUUUGAAAUGGCAUCAUCUGUACCUACAAAAAUAUUUAUUCAGAUUGAUUCAACUGCCGAACAGCAAGAAAAUAUAAAGAAUACUCAAAAAUCAUCGAGAUCAUUUGCAGUUCUUCAGAAAACCGGCACUGUUGACAAAGAGAACUUGGUAGGACGCCAGACAUUUAUGACGAAGGAACAAUCAUCAAAGAAGGCAUCCGAAAGUGAGUUAAUUCAAGUUACUGGAAUAAAACGCAGAGUUCCUUCAACAAACACGACUUCAACAUCUUCACAAACGAGCCCUACUCCCAAAACUGUUACUGAGACAAUAACAAAAGAUGAUCUGACAUCUGAAAAUGUAACUGAAAAAUACUGGGAAGUUUUGGCUGAAAAACGUAGAGUCGCAUUAGAAGAGUCUUUAGUUGAAAAUCAAGAGUUAUACGAACGAAUCGCAACAUUAGAAACAGAACUCAAAGAGUCAAAGACAAUGCUUACCGAAGCACAAAUCCUAUUCACAAUGAGCGAAGAAAAAGUAAAAAUAGAUUCUGAAGAUAAACAAAGUGAUCCAGAAGAGGUCCCAAGCAACGAUGAUGUUGAGAACGAUCCUAAGGAUACCACAAACAAGAAAAAGAAGAAGAAGAAGCGCAACAAAGGAAAACAGCAACAAUCUGAAAAUGCUAAGACCGAACCGGAAGUAAUACAAACUAACAAGCCUACUGAACCAGAAAACGCUAAUGGUGAUGAUAAGGAUGAGUCUGAGGAUGAUGACAAUGCUCCCGAAACCGGAGACAAAAAGAAGAAGAAGCGCAAGCGAAACAAGAAAAAAGGAGGAAACUCAAAUGAAAACAUUGGAAUUGGAACGAAUCCAGCAAAAGCAGGGUCACAAUAUGGUCAAACAAAUCCACCAACUAUUCCAAUUGUUGAUCUAUUCAAACUUGGAAAAUACCCUGAAGGAGAAAUUCAAAAAUAUCCAGUCGAUGACCGAACUGCAAAAGAUCGCUUUACUUCUGAAGAAAAGAAAGCAAUCGAUGCAGCUCAUAAUGAAAUUUAUAAUGAAGUGCGAUUAGCAGCGGAAGCUCACCGUGAAACUCGUCAGUAUAUGCAAAAAUGGAUUAAACCAGGAAUGACAAUGAUUCAGAUUUGUGAGGAACUUGAAAACACAGCAAGACGUUUAGUCGCUGAAAAAGGACUUGAAGCUGGUUUAGCUUUUCCCACUGGAUGCUCAAGAAAUCAUUGUGCUGCUCAUUACACGCCAAAUGCUGGAGAUCCAACUGUUUUGGAAUACGAUGAUGUUGUGAAGAUUGACUUUGGUACUCAUAUUAAAGGUCGAAUCAUCGAUUGCGCUUUCACAUUGGCAUAUAAUCCAAAAUAUCAGAAACUAUUAGAUGCGGUGAAGGAUGCAACAAACACUGGAAUUAAAGAAGCUGGAAUUGAUGUUCGUCUUUGCGAUAUUGGAGCUGCCAUUCAAGAAGUCAUGGAAUCUUAUGAAAUUGAGCUCGAUGGAAAGACUUAUCAAAUUAAAAGUAUCAGAAAUUUGAAUGGUCAUUCAAUUGCACCAUAUAGGAUUCAUGCUGGAAAGACUGUGCCUAUUGUAAAAGGUGGCGAAACCACAGUUAUGGAGGAAAAUGAAUUUUACGCUAUUGAAACCUUCGGUUCAACUGGAAGAGGAUUAGUUCACGAUGAUAUGGACUGCAGUCAUUAUAUGAAGAACUUUGAAGUUGCAUAUCAACCAUUAAGACUGCAAUCGUCAAAACAGUUGCUUGGUCUUAUUAAUAAGAACUUUGGUACUUUAGCUUUUUGCAAAAGAUGGUUGGAUCGUGCUGGAGCCACAAAAUAUCAAAUGGCUUUGAAAGAUCUUUGCGAUAAAGGAAUUGUUGAAGCUUAUCCUCCACUUUGCGAUGUCAAAGGCUGCUAUACAGCUCAAUACGAGCAUACUCUUAUAUUGAGACCAACAUGCAAAGAAAUCAUUUCUCGCGGCGACGAUUAUUAACCCAAAUUUCAUUGAACAAAAUCACUUGUCUUUAAUUUUUUAUGACAUUUUCCUUUUUCCAUUUGAUGUGAACGACCAAAAAUAUUUCGUUUUUGUUCUUUCUCCUUCUUUCCCCCUUUCAAAAUGAAAACAAAAAUUGUUAAUUAAUUGAAAAAGAAGAGAGAAAAUAAAUAAAAUGAAAAGAUGAAAAAGUCCAAGCACUUGUUGAUCACGAACAUAAAUAA